AUGGGGAAUGUCUUUGUGAAGAAACCGAAGAUCACGGAAGUUGACAGAGCCAUUCUCUCCCUCAAAACUCAAAGGCUUAAUCUUAAGUUGAGACUUAUGGGUUUUGUGGAGUUCUUGAAUUUCGAUCCAUUUUCGAUGGCAUUGUUAGCACUGAAAAAGAAGAAAGUUCAAGAAGACCUCUUGAAGCAAGUUGAUGGUUGGCUCAUCAAUGUUGAACAGCAAUUGGCAGAUGUUGAACUGGCGAGCAAGCAGAAGGCGGUGUUUGAAAGUUUGAAAGCUGGAAAUAAUGCAGUCAAAGCAAUACAGAGUGAGAUAAAUUUGGAUGAUGUUCAAAAAUUGAUGGAUGAUACUGCCGAGGCAAAAGCUUAUCAGGAUGAAAUUAAUGCCAUUUUGGGAGAACAGCUCUCAGCUGAAGAUGAGGAGGAAGUCUUAGCAGAAUUCGAGAAUCUAGAGGCACAGAUAAGCCUUCAGGAUCUUCCCAAAGUUCCCGAUUCAGCACUACCUAUUGAAGAAGCAGAUGAGAAGUUGGAUCUUCCUGAUUUAUGGAGGAGCCAUUACCGGCUUGAUGUAGAUGCUGUGCUCGUGUACUUGACAAUUGGGGUUAUCAAGUAA